UCUCUCUCUCUCUCUCUCUCCCCUCUCUCGGGUCUCCAGGGGAGGGGGUCGGUUAAAGUCCCCGAGUCCAGGGCCCGGAUGGAAGGGGCGGAGCUGGGCUCGGCCGGGAGUGCCCGGAUGGAGAGGGCGUGGCCUCGGCGGGAGAAGCGUUAACCCUUUCUGGGCGGCUGGUGCCCGGGACCGCGCGGGCCGGGCGGGAGAGGCCGGAAUGGAAGGUCCGCCCCAGAAGUACCCCGUCCUCCCCAGCCUGGCCCUGGCCGCGUGCGUCUUUCUCCCUUCUGCCUUCGAGGAGUCUGUGGCUGUGUCUGUCUUUGUGCCUGCCCGUGGUCGUCCCCUCCCCUCGGUUAGUGCGGACGCAGGGAGUCGGGGAGGGCUAUUCCUGCCCCCAAGCGAGAGUCGAGGCUGUUACUGAGGCGGAGACACGGGUGAUGAUUGGCUGUCUGGGGAGAGAGGAAGUCUUGUGAUUGGCCGGAUCUCAAGAGAUCGCCGACGCCGUGAGAGGACGCUCCCACGGAGGCCGGAGUUGUCUGUGAACGGCCCCGGUGGCCAUCUGGGGGCAGUGGGCACUCCUGUCAGAGCGUCUGGAGCGGACCGUCGCCCCCGAGAGCUGGGGCAGGGGGCCGUGCCCGAUCUCCAGGGCUCCUGGGGCCACUGCUGACCUGGCUGGAUGCAUCGGGCAGUGGACCCUCCAGGGGCCCGCGCUGCACGGGAAGCCUUUGCCCUUGGGGGCUUGAGCUGUGCUGGGGCCUGGAGCUCCUGCCCGCCCCAUCCCCCUCCUCGUAGCGCAUGGCUGCCUGGAGGCAGGUGCUCUGCCAGCAUCGGGCAGCCCCCACUCUCUGCUCCCCUACCCCCUUCACAUGGCAGUAGCUCUGGGCACCCCAACAAACCGUAUUAUGCUCCAGGGACCCCCACCCCGAGACCCCUCCAUGGGAAGCUGGAAUCUCUGCAUGGCUGCGUGCAGGCAUUGCUCCGAGAGCCAGCUCAGCCAGGGCUGUGGGAGCAGCUUGGGCAGCUGUACGAGUCCGAGCACGAUAGUGAGGAGGCCAUUCGCUGCUACCACAGCGCCCUUCGAUACGGAGGAAGCUUGGCUGAGUUGGGGCCCCGCAUUGGGCGACUACAGCAGGCCCAGUUCUGGAACUUUCAUGCUGGUUCCUGCCAGCACCGAGCCAAGGUCCUGCCCCCAUUGGAGCAAGUGUGGAACUUGCUGCACCUCGAGCACAAGCGGAGCUAUGGGGCCAAGCGAGGAGGCCCCCCAGUGAAGCGAGCUGCUGAACCCCCUGUGGUACAGCCCGUGCCUCCCGCAGCGCUCUCAGGCCCCUCGGGGGACGAGGGCCUCAGUCCUGGAGGCAAGCGCAGGAGAGGCUGCAGCUCAGAGCAGACUGGCCUUCCCCCAGGGCUGCCGUUGCCUCCACCACCACUGCCACCGCCGCCACCACCGCCACCGCCCCCCCCACCCCUGCCUGGCCUAGCCACUAGCCCUCCAUUUCAGCUGACCAAGCCAGGGCUGUGGAGUACCCUACAUGGAGACGUCUGGGGCCCUGACCGCAAGGGUUCAGUGCCCCCAGAGCGCCAGGAGCAGCGGCACCCGCUGCCCCACCCAUAUCCAUACCCAGUUCCGGCCUACACCACGCACCCCCCUGGCCACCGGCUGGUCCCGGCCGCACCCCCAGGCCCCGGCCCCCGCCCCCCAGGAGCAGAGAGCCAUGGCUGCCCGCCUGCCACCCGUCCCCCCGGAAGUGACCUUAGAGAGAGCAGAGUUCAGAGGUCGCGGAUGGACUCCAGCGUUUCACCAGCAGCAACCACCGCCUGCGUGCCUUACGCCCCUUCCCGGCCCCCUGGCCUCCCCGGCACCACCACCAGCAGCAGCAGUAGCAGCAGCAGCAGCAGCAGCAGCAGCAGCAACACCGGUCUCCGGGGCGCGGAGCCGAACCCAGGCAUCCCCAGCGCUGACCAUUACCAAACUCCCGCGCUGGACAUCUCCUCCCACCAAGGCCGCCUGGGGCCCUCGGCGCACAGCAGUCGGAAACCGUUCCUGGCGGCUCCCGCUGCCACUCCUCACCUGUCCCUGCCACCUGGACCCCCGUCACCUCCUCCACCACCCUGUCCCCGCCUCCUACGCCCCCCACCACCUCCUGCCUGGCUGAAGGGCCCGGCCUGCCGGGCAGCCCGCGAGGAUGGGGAGAUCUUAGAGGAGCUCUUCUUUGGGGCUGAGGGACGCCCCCGCCCUCCCCCACCACCCCUCCCUCACCGCGAGGGCUUCUUGGGGCCUCCGGCUCCCCGCUUUUCUGUGGGCACUCAGGAUUCUCACACCCCUCCCACCCCCCCAGCCACCAGCAGCAGCAGCAGCAACCAUGGCAGCCACAGCAGCAGCCCUACGGGGCCUGUGUCCUUCCCUCCGCCUCCCUAUCUGGCCAGAAGUUUGGACCCCCUUCCGCGGCCCCCCAGCCCCACACUGAGCCCCCAGGACCCACCUCUUGCACCCUUGACUCUUGCCCUGCCUCCAGCUCCUCCCUCCUCCUGCCACCAAAAUACCUCAGGAAGCUUCAGGCACCCGGAGAGCCCUCGGCCCAGGGUCUCCUUCCCAAAGACCCCCGAGGUGGGGCCGGGGCCAUCCCCAGGCCCACUGAAUAAAGCCCCCCAGCCUGUGCCGCCCAGGGUUGGGGAGCUGCCUGCCCGAGGCCCACGGCUCUUCGAUUUUCCCCCUACCCCGCUGGAGGACCAGUUUGAGGAGCCGGCUGAAUUCAAGAUCCUCCCUGACGGGCUGGCCAACAUCAUGAAGAUGCUGGACGAAUCCAUUCGCAAGGAGGAGGAGCAGCAGCAACAGGAGGCAGGCGUGGGCCCCCCGCCCCCGCUGAAGGAGCCCUUUCCAUCUCUGCAGCCUUCAUUCCCCAGUGACACAACCCCAGCCACCACGGCAGCCCCGGCAGCCACCGCUACCACCACCACUGCCACCCAGGAAGAAGAGAAGAAGCCACCACCAGUCCUGCCACCGCCGCCGCCUCUUGCGAAGUUCCCACCGCCCCAGCCCCAGCCCCCACCGCCACCCCCGCUACCCCCAGCAGCCAGCCCAGCCAGCCUGCUCAAAUCCUUGGCCUCCGUGCUGGAGGGACAGAAGUACUGUUACCGGGGGACCGGAGCAGCUGUUGCCACCCGGCCCGGGCCCUUGCCCACCACGCAGUAUUCCCCCGGCCCCCCGUCAGGUGCUACCGCCCCGCCGCCUGCCUCGGCGGCCCCCAGCGCCCGGGGCUCCCCGCAGCCCUCUGCUUCCUCGUCAUCUCAGUUCUCUACCUCAGGCGGGCCCUGGGCCCGGGAGCGCAGGGCGGGCGAAGAGCCAGCCCGAGGCCCCACAGCCCCUGCCCCACCGCCGCCGCCGCCCCCACCCCUGCCUCUGCCUCCUGCUCGAUCUGAGUCUGAGGUGCUAGAAGAGAUCAGUCGGGCUUGUGAGACCCUCGUGGAACGGGUGGGCCGGAGCACCGCAGACCUGGCCGGCCCGGUGGACAUGGCAGGCCCGGUGGACAGUGUGACAGAGCGGCUGUUGCCUCCUGCCCAGGCCCGGGAGGAGGGUGGCGGGGCAGUGGCAGCAGCAGGACCUGGCAGUGGCAAGCGGCGGCAGAAGGAGCAUCAGAAGGAGCACCAGAAGGAGCACCGGCGGCACCGGCGAGCCUGUAAGGACAGCACGGGUCGGCGGCCCCGAGAGGGCAGAGUGAAGACCAAGGCCAAGGCCCCCAAAGAAAAGAGCCGCCGGGUGCUGGGCAACCUGGACCUGCAGAGUGAGGAGAUCCAGGGGCGUGAGAAGGCUCGGCCCGAUCUCGGCGGGGCCUCCAAGGCCAAGCCACCCGCAGCCCCGGCCCCUCUGCCAGCUCCUGCACCUGCUGCCCAGCCCGCACCGCCCUCCGCUCCCACCCCCGGGAAGAAGGCCCGGGAGGAAGCGCCGGGGCCGCCCGGGGUCAGCCAGGCUGACAUGCUGAAGCUGCGCUCGCUUAGUGAGGGGCCCCCCAAGGAGCUGAAGAUCCGCCUCAUCAAGGUGGAGAGCGGUGACAAGGAAACCUUUAUUGCCUCUGAGGUGGAAGAGCGGAGGCUGCGCAUGGCGGACCUUACCAUCAGCCACUGCGCUGCCGACGUCGUGCGGGCCAGCAAGAACGCCAAGGUGAAAGGGAAGUUUCGAGAGUCCUACCUUUCCCCCGCCCAGUCUGUGAAACCCAAGAUCAACACUGAGGAGAAGCUACCCCGGGAAAAACUCAACCCACCCACCCCCAGCAUCUAUCUGGAGAGCAAACGGGACGCCUUCUCACCCGUGCUACUGCAGUUCUGUACGGACCCUCGAAAUCCCAUCACCGUGAUCCGGGGCCUGGCGGGCUCCCUGCGGCUCAACUUGGGCCUCUUCUCCACCAAGACGCUGGUGGAGGCAAGCGGUGAGCACACGGUGGAGGUGCGCACGCAGGUGCAGCAGCCCUCCGAUGAGAACUGGGAUCUGACGGGCACGCGGCAGAUCUGGCCCUGCGAGAGCUCCCGUUCCCACACCACCAUUGCCAAGUAUGCGCAGUACCAGGCCUCAUCCUUUCAGGAGUCCCUGCAGGAGGAGAAGGAGAGUGAGGAUGAGGAAUCUGAGGAGCCCGACAGCACCACAGGAACCCCUCCCAGCAGCGCACCGGACCCGAAGAACCAUCACAUCAUCAAGUUUGGCACCAACAUCGACCUGUCUGAUGCCAAGAGGUGGAAGCCCCAGCUGCAGGAGCUGCUCAAGCUGCCCGCUUUCAUGCGGGUCACAUCCACUGGCAACAUGCUGAGCCACGUGGGCCACACCAUCCUGGGCAUGAACACCGUGCAGCUGUACAUGAAGGUCCCUGGCAGUCGAACUCCAGGCCACCAGGAGAACAACAACUUCUGCUCCGUCAAUAUCAACAUCGGGCCAGGUGACUGCGAGUGGUUCGCGGUGCACGAACACUACUGGGAGACCAUCAGCGCCUUCUGCGACCGGCACGGCGUGGACUACCUGACCGGUUCCUGGUGGCCAAUCCUGGAUGACCUCUAUGCUUCCAACAUCCCUGUGUACCGCUUCGUGCAGCGCCCCGGAGACCUUGUGUGGAUUAAUGCGGGCACCGUGCACUGGGUGCAGGCCACUGGCUGGUGCAACAACAUCGCCUGGAACGUGGGGCCCCUCACCGCCUAUCAGUACCAGCUGGCCCUGGAACGAUACGAGUGGAACGAGGUGAAGAACGUCAAAUCUAUCGUGCCCAUGAUUCACGUAUCAUGGAAUGUGGCUCGUACGGUCAAAAUCAGCGACCCGGACUUGUUCAGGAUGAUCAAGUUCUGCCUCCUGCAGUCCAUGAAGCACUGCCAGGUGCAACGCGAGAGCCUGGUGCGGGCCGGGAAGAAGAUCGCCUACCAGGGCCGGGUCAAGGAUGAGCCCGCCUACUACUGCAACGAGUGCGACGUGGAGGUGUUCAACAUCCUGUUUGUGACGAGCGAGAAUGGCAGCCGCAACACGUACCUCGUGCACUGCGAGGCCUGUGCGCGGCGCCGCAGUGCGGGCCUACAGGGCGUGGUGGUGCUGGAGCAGUACCGCACUGAGGAGCUGGCGCAGGCCUACGACGCCUUCACGCUGCAACAGACACAAGGACCAGGCUCCGGCGGCGGCGGGGGUCACAUACGGGUUCCCUCACGCCUGCCAGCCGCCCGACCGCCCGGCGCAGAUGCACGUGGCUCGUGUAUGUACAUAGACGUUACGGCAGCCGAGGUUUUCAUGAGAUUCUUUCUAUGGGCUUUACCCCUCCCCCAGAACCUCCUUUUUUACUUCCAAUGCUAGCUGUGAUCCCUGUACAUGUCUCUGUUUAUUCACUCGGUUUAUGAUUUGUACUUUCUGGGGUUUUUUUGUUUUGUUUUGUUUUGUUUUUUGGUUUUUAAUUUAUAACAGUCCCACUCACCUCUAUUUAUUCAUUUUUGGGAAAACCCGAUCUCCCGCACCCCCCUCCCCAAGACAUCCUGCCGCCCCUCCAGGGACCGCCCGUAGCCGGGUUCUCCUUGCCGCCCCCCCCCCCGCCCCCCCCAGUGUGUGUCUGGGCCCGGCCUGUCCGUCUCCGCCCGCGGCUCCAGCCGGGUUCUCAUGGUGCUCAAACCCGCUCCCCUCCCCGACGUCCUGCACUUUCUCGGACCAGGCCCCCACUCCCGACCCGACCCCAACCCCACCUGAGGGUGAGCGACUCCUGUACUGUAGGGGAAGAAGUGGGAACUGAAAUGGUAUUUUGUAAAAAAAAAAUAAAUAAUAAUAAUAAUAAUAAAUAAAUAAAAAAAUUUAAAGUUUUAAAGAAAGAACUAUGAGGAAAAGGAACCCCGUCCUUCCCAGCCCCGGCCAAUUUUAAACACACGGACCUUCCCCUUCCCUACCCCCUCCCGCCCUCUUUUCUUUUCAAAGCGUGAACCAGCCCAGGGCCAGGGCCUCACUGGGGCAGGGACACCCCGGGAUGAGUUUCUCUGGGGCUUGAUUUUUGUUUCGUCGUGGUUUUUUCUCCCACGCUGGGGCUGCGGUCGGGUGGGGGGUUUACAGUCCCGCCCCUCGCACUGCACUGUCUCUCUGCCCGAGGGGCAGAGGGGUCUUCCCAACCCUAUCCCUAUUUUCGGUGAUUUUUGUGUGAGAAUAUUAAUAUUAAAAAUAAAAUCAGAAAAACA